AGCAUUUGAACAAAGUUCACAUGACUGUCUUUUGAUUCAGCACCAUGAUUCCUUGAUUGGGAAUGAGACUUUGUAUCAACCUAACAAUUCAAAAUAAAUGAUGGAAAUAGAAGUAGCUAAUUUGAUCCACAUAUUUUGCCCAAACGCUUGACGGGAAGACAAAACCAUGUGAUCACUCAUGAGCUCUUGUUCCCUUCUAUACCCCAUCCGGAUUGUCUUUGCCAUAAAUUUUCUUCAAUAGAGGAUAUUCUGCAAGGCUUGUCAACUACAUAUACCAUAUGAAUGCAUUGGUCCAAAUUAAGUCUACAAGAUCUCAAGUCCAAUUUCCUUGUUUCCCAAGUUCCCUGAGAUCUUCUUCAAGUUUUAUAAACGACUACUAGUCUUUCUACUCAAGAUUUACAACAAUGGGGUUCCGUCUUCCAGCUGUAAUCCCUGCUAAGAAACUUCUUCAGCGGUCUUUCUUGAAUUCAAGUCAAGGAGCUUCGAAUAAUUUAGCUGAUGUCCCAAAAGGUUAUUUUCCAGUUUAUGUUGGCGAGAGUGAGAAGCAGCAGUUCGUUGUUCCUAUAUCAUUCCUCAACCAGCCUGCAUUUGAAGACUUGCUAAGUGAGUCUGAAGAAGAAUUCGGAUUUGAUCACCCAAUGGGCGGUCUAACAAUUCCCUGCAGACAAGAUUCCUUUCUUGAUCUCAUUUCUGACUUGAGUGCACUGUGAGAUUGGAUAAUGGGCAACAAUUACAUGAACUCUGUGAUUGUUACAAUUUUGUACGUCAGACAAUUUCUGCGUCUUUUAUACAUUUUUUUUUUUUUCCGAUCAAGGAGGGAGAACUAUUGUCCCCCUGGAAUCUGAUUAUGUAAAUGGAGACUUUAGCUAGCGAUAUUCAUAGCUUCGUUUUUACAAUAUAGAAAAACAUCCCCUUUAUA